AUGGCGCUCCGGCAGGAGGGUAGCAGGGGCCAAGUGGCAGCUGAGCUGUUCGAACAGAGAAGGGGCAGUCGCUGUGAGGACAAGAAGCAGACGCUGUUGGCAUUGCUGGUCUUGGUGCUGUACAUGGGCGCAGGGAUAUCAGGAAGAAGCUGGGAGAUGUCAGAAAAGUUCAAAGAGUGCAGCUGUCCCCAGAAUCCUGUGGCUUCCCAGGGGUUUGAAUACCAGACCAGCGAUCCCUUGAAAGAGCCGAUAAGGGUCAUCAGGACCUGGUUCAAGGAGAACGUGCGAGUUUUCUUGGAAAAGCUUGAGAAAGAGGUGUGCGAGCUGGAGCAGCUGGUACGGGACCUGGAGGAGUGGCUGGAUGUCCUCCUGGGAGACGGGCAGCCCCAGGCGCCCUGCUGCACCCACCGAAGUCACCUGGUGUGGCCCUGGAAGCAGAUCAUGCGGGCUUCUGGGCCAGCCACGGGGUCCAGGGCCUUCUCCCCCACUUCCCUGAGAUGCUGUGCAAAUUUCCGUACCCUCUCAGACAAAGUGCCUCAUGAGGAAGAAUCAGGGGAACGAACUUUGCCUCAAGGCGUUACGGUCAACCUGCAGGGAGUGGGUGGGAUGGGAUGGGCCCACCUCAUUGACAGGAACUUCCUGGGCCGAGCCAGGCUCAAAGCCAGCCAGUUUGGGGAGUGGGAGACGCUGGGGCCGGGGUGGGUGGUGGCCGCCCCUGGCCCAGUCAGCUGUGGCAGGAGGGAGAAGGGAGCUACCACACGCUGGCAGCAGCCUGGGUCACCCCCUGACAAGGAACUCAUUGACACUCCCUAA